ACUGACAAACCAGCUCUCACAAAACACACUCAUCCUUGCCAAGACUGUGUCAAAAUAAAGAGAUACACACUUUCAUUCUGCUUUAUGGCUCUGCUCUCAUCAUCAAUGCUGGUGUUUUUAGUGUUUAAUCUCUUGAUUCAACUGAGUAGAGGAGGAGAUAUCGGUAUUUAUGAACUGAAAAAAGGCGAUUUUUCGAUCAAGGUUACCAACUAUGGUGCUACUGUUUUGUCUGUCAUGCUCCCUGAUAGAAACGGCAAAUUUGAUGAUGUGGUGCUUGGUUAUGACUCCAUUAAGGAUUACUCUAAUGGUACAACAUACUUCGGUGCUCUUGUGGGGCGUGUGGCUAACAGGAUUGGAAACGCUCGUUUUACUCUGAACGGUGUUGUGUAUCAUUUGUCGGCUAAUGAUGGCAAUAACACUCUCCAUGGUGGUAAAAAGGGAUUCAGCAAGAUGGUAUGGACAGUUGAAGAUUACCAGGCGAAUAGCCAUAUUACAUUCACUUACAACAGCCCGGAUGGUGAAGAUGGAUUCCCUGGUGAUGUUUCAGUCGAAGUUACAUACAUGUUGAUGGAUACAGAUAAGCUGGCGAUUAAAAUGAAAGCAAAGCCUAAGAACAAGGCCACUCCGAUAAACCUAGCUUCACACACUUACUGGAAUCUGGCAGGGCAUAACAGCGGUGACAUUCUGUCACACACCAUUCAACUAUUAGCAUCCAAGAUCACCCCGGUUAAUAAACACUUGAUUCCUACAGGCCAAAUUGUGCCUGUGGCAGGGACAGCGUAUGAUUUCCUACAGGCCCGUGAGAUUGGAAGCAGAAUCAGUGAACUUUCAGACGGAUAUGAUAUCAAUUAUGUGCUAGAUGGCACCAGUAAGAAGCAUUUUAACAAGGUUGCUAUGGUUCAUGACAGUAAAUCCGGGCGAAAGAUGGAGCUCUGGACUAAUCAACCAGGAGUUCAGUUCUAUACCAGUAACAUGAUAGCCAGUGUGAAGGGCAAAUUCGGGUUUAUUUAUCACAAGCACGCUGGACUUUGCCUGGAGACUCAAGGAUUUCCUGAUGCCGUGAAUCAGCCAAAUUUUCCUUCACAGAUUGUAAAUCCAGGGGCCACUUAUGAGCACAUUAUGGUCUACAGGUUUACAACAGAGUAGAAUGGAGCAUUUGGCUAGCCUAUCUUUAUUCUUCAACUCUUCAAGUACUUGUGCUUUUGUGGAAACAUUGUAGUUACCCAGUCUAAUAACUAGUUAAAGCCUUAAAGGGUUGAUCUUUUCUUAUCAACAAGAAAAUUUGCAGAUGGGUUGCAUCUUUAAGCCAA